GACGUCGCACGUCAGGAUUAAGUACCUCACUACCUACCUCAGUGAACUCACUCUGCGUUACCAUCAUAGACUCGUCACCGUUGUUGACCGAGUGGACUCAGUGAACUCGCCAACCGGUCUAACACACUGAAAACUAUUCGAGCAGGAUCGCGACGCAGACUUCACGUCAUGAAAUUCUUCUUAGGACAGGCAGUCGCCUGUUUUUUGGUAGUGUCAGUGUUAGCAGAUGGAGUGUCCGCCAGGGAGGAGAAGAAAAGCGCAAAACAGCCUGAUACAGCCUUAGUGGAGAGGAAGGACACUGAAAAAAAGACCGAUCUCACAGUCGCCGAAACUCAGGACGGCUGGUAUGAAGGACAAGGGCAACAAUCUGGCGGUGGAUGGGAUAAUGCGCAAAGCACUCAACAAGGUGGAUGGGACCAGGGCGGCGGCGGGGGCGGCAGCCAGGGGGGCUGGAGCCAAGGUGGAGGAGGUGUAGGAAGAGGAGGCGGGGGUCAGGGUGUAGCCAAGACAACGUACUACAAUAAGAAGACCAGCAUUUGGCCAGUCGAUAAGGGCUGGUCGGACACUAGGAGUACAUCUGGUUGGAACGAUGGUCCUUCAGACCAAGGCUGGCAGCAGUUUUCCGGUAAUCAAGGGGGAUGGUCGGAUAACGGACAAUCAGUGAAACGUGCAAAGAAUGCUUACGGUCCCGGAGAUUCAGGAUUUGGUGCGGGAGCAAUGAUUCAUGGUGGCGGCUUCAAUGGAAAUCAAGGAAGCUGGUCCCCGGGUCCCCAAAAGAACUUGGGAGCAAAUCAGGGCGGGUGGAUAGAUGCUCCACAAAGGAAUUUCGGUGGCAACCAAAAUGGGUGGUCGGAUGCAGCUCCUCAGAAAGGCUUUGGAGGAAAUCAGGGUGGGUGGUCAGCAGCACCUCAAAAAAGCUUUGGAGGAAACCAGGGAGGUUGGCCUUCUGGGGGACAAAAGGGUUUCGGGGGAAACCAGAAAGGAUGGUCUGAUGGUCCACAAAGAGACUUCGGCGGUAACCAGGCAAGUUGGCCUUCUGGCGGGCAGAAAGGCUUCGGAGGAAACCAGGGAGGAUGGCCAUCUGGUGGACAAAAGAACUCAGGAGGAAAUCAAGGAGGCUGGCCUUCUGGGGGUCAAAAGGGCUUCGGAGGAAACCAGGAAGGCUGGCCCUCUGGAGGCCAGAAGAAUCUGGGAGGAAACCAAGGUGGAUGGUCUGCCGCUCCAGAAAAAAACUUCGGUGGUAAUCAGGGAGGCUGGCCCUCUGGUGGUCAGAAGAACUUCGGAGGAAACCAGGGAGGGUGGCCUUCUGGAGGUCAAAAAAGCUUCGGAGGAAAUCAGGGUGGAUGGCCGUCUGGGGGGCAGAAGAACUUCGGAGGUAACCAGGGAGGCUGGCCCUCUGGAGGUCCGAAGAGUUCCGGCGGAAACCAAAAUGGAUGGCCUGCUGCUCCGCAAAAGAACUUCGGCGGCAACCAAGGAGGCUGGUCCCCUGCUCCUCAAAAGAGCUUUGGAGGAAAUCAGGGAGAAUGGCCUGCUGGUGGUCAAAAGAGCUUCGGCGGAAACCAGGGUGGAUGGCCAGCAGCUUCUCCGAAGAGCUUUGGCGGAAAUCAAGGCGGCUGGCCUUCCGGAGGUCAGAAAGGUUUCGGCGGAAACCAGGGUUCAUGGCCGGCAGCUUCUCCGAAGAGCUUUGGCGGAAACCAAGGCGGCUGGCCCUCCGCAGGUCAAAAAAGCUUCAGUGGAGAUCAAGAUGGCUGGCCUUCUGGUGGCCAAAAAGGCUUUGGAGGAAACCAAGGCGGGCGUUUUCCAGCUCCACCACAUAAGAACUUUGGAGGCAACCAAGGUGGGUGGUCCCCAGCCCAACAAAAAAUCUCUGGAGGUAACCAAGGAGGCUGGCCUUCUGGAGGUCAGAAGAGCUUCGGCGGUAACCAGGGGGGCUGGCCCUCUGGAGGUCAGAAGAACUUUGGAGGUAACCGGGGAGGCUGGCCCUCUGGAGGCCAGAAGAACGUUGGCGGAAACCAAGGGGUAUGGUCGGCUGAGCCCCAGAAGAAUUUCGGAAGGAAUCAGGAUGGAUGGUCCGAUGGUUCUCAGAAGAGCUUCGGCGGAAACCAGGGAGGAUGGUCCAAUUCGCCUCAAAAGAACUUCGGCGGGAACCAAGGCGGAUGGUCUGCUGCCCCUCAGAAGAGCCAAGCUGGAAACCAAGGAGGAUGGUCUGACUCCUACCAGGGAAAAGGCGCUUACCAAGGCUCUGCGGGGAAAAGCUUUGGACAAGGUCAUCAAGGAGGUCAUGGGGGGAGCUAUAGAGGAAACCACGGAAACCUUGGUGCCAUGAUUCACGGAGGAUCGUACGGUGGUGGUAAACAGGUAGAAACGUCAAGUUACUCUGGAACAAUUCAUCACGUUGCUCCAGCCAAGUCCUAUGGAGGUGGCGAUCACAGCAAAGGUGGCGGUAGUGAGGGAUGGAACCAAGGAGGAAAUCAGAGAAGCUGGGACAACCAGGGCAGCAACCAAGCUGGUUGGAGCGCGGCUGGUUCCCAAAAACAAGGAAACCAAGGUUGGGACAAUUCUGGAGGAAGUCAAGCUGAAUGGACUCAGGGCGGAAAUCAGAGUGGAUGGAGCCAAGGUGGUAGUAAUAGUGGUACUAAUCAAGGGGGAUGGGCUCAGGCCGGAAGCCAGGCAGGUGGCCAUGGAGGAAAUCAAGGUGGAUGGACUCAAGGCAGCAAUACCCAGGGGGGGUGGAGUCAGGGCGGUAACCAGAAAUCACAAGGGUGGGAAAAUCAGGGCGGAAACCAGAAAUCACAAGGGUGGGAAAAUCAGGGCGGAAACCAAGGUUGGGACCAGAAUCAAAACCAAGGCUGGUAAGUCUACACUACAAAACAAAAUGCAAUCACUUGAAUGGUCAUCUGUGACGUGAUCACAACAUCAUUACCAAUGUAUAUCCGAAUCACGAGUGAGUAGUUGACAACUAGAGUAUGUAUGCGGAAAGCGUCUCCUGCGGGCUAUAUACCCGCUACGGUACACGUAGCCGCAUUGUAUUUAUGUGCUUCACCUAUGCCGCUCUGCUCCAGAACGGCAUGGCAAAAUAAGAACAGACCAGCUGAACCUCAGAAAUUAGGCUGUUCUCCAUUAAAAAAAAUAUAGAAAACGCCAAACAUAACAAUGCAUACUUAAUGUACGAACUGCUGUAAAUGGCAUUGAAUAAAUUUUACAAAAAUA